AUGCAGAGCAUCCCAACUGACGAUGUUUGGGAGCUUGUUGAGGCUGGAGUGGACGGGAAACUACGGAGGUUCCUCAAACGUCCUUCGGUGGCAGUGGGUGGACUCCUCAUUAUACUCGGGCACUACUGGACUUCAAUAGGCCAUAUUUCCGGUCAUUUCCUCAAGCUCGCGCCAGAAAAAGGGAUCAAAGCACGACAUGGAUAA